UACCCCACAGGCUCUUAUUUCCAUUCUCUCUUGAAGAAAGCCCUCCAAUAACCCUUCCCCCACAAUCCCAUCCACUUUGGCAAUGGCAAAUCUUGUGCCAUUUUGGCUUCUUCUCUCACCCCUUUUGGCACCAUUUGCUAGUGGAGAUUGGAACAUUUUGAGGCCAAAAAACAGCCAUUUGGAUUUGGGUGAUAGCUUGAAAAUCUAUUGUGAAAGUUGGAGGGUUAAUGUUGAGCUAAACAAUGUUAAAGGCUUUGAAGUUGUGCCUCAAGAAUGCAUUAGCCAUAUCAAGAAGUACAUGACAUCUUCCCAAUACACUGCUGAUUCUGAGAGGGCAAUUGAAGAGGUCAAGCUUUAUCUCACCACUUGUUGCAGCCUUCAAGGUGAUGGCACUGAUGCUUGGAUCUUUGAUGUUGAUGAUACCCUUUUGUCCAACAUUCCUUUCUACAAGAAACACGGUUUCGGAGGAGAAAAGUUAAAUGAAACAGACGUAGAAGAGUGGAUGAAAAGCAGCAAGGCACCAGCUCUUGAGCAUACAUUGAAGCUCUUCAAUCAUAUAAGAGACAAAGGGAUUAAAAUCUUUUUGAUAUCUUCAAGAGGCGAAGAUCUUAGAUCUCCAACGGUUGAUAAUCUCAUCCAAGUUGGAUUCCAUGGAUGGUCUGCUCUCACUUUGAGGGGUCUUGAAGAUGAAGGAAAAGAAGUGCAAAAAUACAAAAUAAAAGCAAGGCAAAGGCUUGUUGAUGAAGGCUACCACAUUUGGGGCAUUGUUGGUGACCAAUGGAGCAGCUUCGAAGGCCUUCCCGCUGCUGAUAGAAGAUUCAAACUCCCCAAUUCCAUGUACUACGUGGCUUAAUCUCAAUAUUUAUCUAUUUUUUUCAUGUCUUAUGUGACAUAUUAAAUACUAUAUAUAUUUUUAUCAUAUAAAGUUUAUUUCGUUA